AGGCCAGAAAUCAACGGCCCUGAUCGCGUAACGUCAUUUCGGGAACAUGUGACAUCCAACGCCCCUCAAAAACCAUUUCUUCGUUAGCACACCAACUCGUUUUUCUAAUCUCGACGGAUACUCUUCAUCAUUACUGGAAAGAGAAACCCUUUCGACGAGCAACACCGCUCCUCCUCCUCCUCCUCCUCCUGUCGGAUCAAGGUAUGACCCAAGAAAGGGAUCCGAAGCCUGCCCAAGAGUCAACGGCGGCGGCCACCUCGACGAGGCAAAGGAGAAAGAGGAAGUGGGAUCAACCGGCAGAAUCUUUGGUAUCUGCUGGAAUAUCUGUUGCUGGAACUUUUCCCUUAAGUAUGUGUGGCAUUGUUGGGGUACCUUUACCAGAAACUGUUCGACUUCCCAGUUCUGUUAUAUCAAAUUCAGUUGCAGCAAAUUCUGCCACUGUUUCUUUAUUACUCCAAUCAUCUUCCAUCUCUCAGAAUUCUGAUGCAACAAUCCAGAAAAUAUCUCAGCCAAAAAUUCCAGACGAAUUAAUAGCACGGGAAAUUGUAAUAAAUGAUGCAGAACCUACCAUCCGCUACAAGCUCACAAAGCGUCAAACACAAGAAGAGAUUCAGAGAUGCACUGGAGCUGUUGUCAUAACUAGGUCUGUUUCUGUCAGAUUAAUCAUCCUGCCGCAUGUAUCCUUCUUUAAUCUUGGAUUACUUUUGUAUUGUGUUUAUGUAGUUGGUUUCAUGGAUGCAAGUGACUGGUCUGUUGAUGCAACUACUUUAACCAUACUGCCUUUUGACAUAAUGUAUCUGCAUCAGCUGACGCACACUGCAGAGCGCAUUAAAGCAGUUGAUCGUGCAGCUUUCAUGAUUGAAGAUAUUUUGAAACAGGGUCAAAAUUCUCUGCCAGGCACAACAGCUUUACAUUCAACUGUCAGCAAUGGGCAGGCUACUCAACCCCUUAGCGCCUGUCUAUAUUUGGGCUUUGAGACGGAUCCAUCACUAAACAUUGCUGCUCGUAUCCGUGGACCAAAUGACAACUAUAUAAAUCACAUUAUGAAUGAAACAGGAGCUACUGUUGUACUAAGAGGAAGGGGUUCUGGAAUUGAAGAAGAUUUCGGCACUGAAGAAGAGCAACAACCCCUACACCUAUAUUUAUCAAGCACUAAUCCGAAGAGGCUUGAAGCUGCAAGAAACCUAGCAGAGAACCUUCUAGAUACGAUUUCUGCUGAAUGUGGUGCUUCUAGGAUCUCAUCAUGCUAUACACCAUCUCCUGCACCAAAUGGGUCAACUGGUUCAGACGUUUGUCUUCCAGGAACAUCGAUACAUUCUGGAGGCCUGUCCAACUACGGAAACCCAUCACUACAAGUUGUCAGCUACACCUACCCCUCUGUUUCUGGAGGAACAUACUAUAGUGGAUAUGGUGGGAUAUAUCCCCAAGCCACACCAUUGCAGCAAGUUGCUUUAGCACUUAGAAAGGCUCCUGCUCAGACCACUCCUGGUUUGGCUUCCACAGCUUGUGCCACUAUUUCUUCCACAGCUUCUGCAGAGAUCGUGUCAUCUAAUAUGACUUCAAGCUCAAGUGCAGAAACAGAAAAACGGCGUCAACAGCGACGGAAAUUUCAGGAGGUUGUGUCGAAUGAAACAGCAGCAAGUUGCCAGAACUUUCUUCAGGCGUCAGAAUGUCUUAAGCCAGGUCUGAAGGAUUCUAACAGUAGGAACAUCUCGUCAAUGCCACCACCGAAGAAGUUGAUUCAUAAGGAUUCUGAUGGGAUGCCGCCACCUCCUCCGCAAAUUAUGCCUCCACCUCCACCAAAGUUCGAUGCACUUCGAUCACCAUCACCCUCACCGCCACCAAAGUUUGCUCCACAUAGAUCAGCUUCCCCCAUCGAGAAGUGCCAGGAACCAGGUACUAAGAAGCCAAAUGAUGGACCAGUUUCUGCUACUUUGCUGAAGCUCGUUGAUUAUGGAGAGGACGAUGACGACGAUGAUAUUGACGUCCUGAGUGUAGAAAGUUUUAGAAGCAAUGUAGUUCAAAAAACAUCCUCAAAACCUUUCUGGGCGGUGUGAUUACAGUUGCAGAACCUUGCUGGAGAAUCCAGCUGGCCAUGUAUUGGUUGAUAUCUUGUAGCUCAUGUUGAAUACGUGGAGCGUAAGAGACCUGUUCCUGAAAGAGAUGGGAGCACAAAACUUAAGCUGGUACGAUAGUUAUAAACUAAAAGACGGAUUGCAAAGGUACAAGCUAGAAGAUGAAUUGAGAAAGGACGGAGGGCGUUUAGUUGCAAGAUGAUGAUGGAGAGAGUAGAGCAUCUCGCUCAUUGAGAGGUUGUGAUGUCUCGGUCAUAGAUGUUGACGGCCCUUUUUUUUUCGUUCGUGUUUUUAGAAAUUUUAUGAUGAACAGCACAAAUGACCCGACUCUUUUCUUCCAUGUGUAAAAUUUAAUGUAGUACCAUUUUUGUACAUGGUCGUGUCCUUUUUAGCUGAUGAGGUCUAUUGCUUGCUAAUGAUUCUAGAUUCUUUCUGAA